GGUUACACAGCCAUGCGUUUCAGCCACGACCCAGCAGCUUUCAGCUCCGUGUUCGAGAGCGAAGACUCCGGAUCGGUGGAGCAGAUGACCGAGGUACGCUCCCCGAGUUCGGGGCCCUCCAGCCCGCUGUCCGUGAACUCGGACUCCAGCUGCGCCAGCCCCGAGGCCAAGUCUAACUCUGUGCAGAAGAGGGUCAGGAGGCCCCUGAACGCAUUCAUCAUCUGGACCAAAGAGGAGCGCAGGCGGCUGGCGCAGCUCAACCCAGACCUGGAGAACACAGACCUGAGCAAAAUACUCGGAAAGACCUGGAAGGCCAUGUCCUUGGCCGAGAAGCGUCCCUACAUGCAGGAGGCCGAGCGCCUGAGGGUCCAGCACACCAUUGAUUACCCCAACUACAAGUACAGACCCCGCAGGAGGAAGCAGCUGAAGAAGAGCUCCAAACCUCAGACCACAGAGGCCUCUCUCCCCUCGCUUUGCAGCUCAGGCCUCGCCAUGCCCUACGACCUCACCUACCUGCUCCAGAACCAGCACCAGAACUUCCCAAACACACCCGCUUUCCCUGCUAACUUCGCCCCUCUGCACAGCAGCUACCAAAACACUCCAGUCUUUCCAGUCCCAGCAGCUGCAGAAGCUUUCUCAAACAAGCCUGUGGCAUACUCAAAUCCUCCUGCAUACCCUGCAGAGCACCAGCUGUAUUUUGGCGGGCAGCAUGGGCACAUGCAGUAUGGUUACUCCACGGGGUCCCACGUGGAGCUGGGGGAGUCCAGGGUUUAUGGGGGCCUGCUAAGUCCCACUGGUGGGCCCUCCCUGGAGUUCUACCUGGAACAGGUUCAGCUGGACAUGCUGUACGAUCUGGACCGCAGCGAGUUCGAACAGUACCUGGGUCCUCCUCCACACAGGCCCGAGUCGGUGGAUCCCAGCAGCUACCAUCAGCAGAGCAGCCACAGAGAGGGACGCUCACUGUCAUGA